AUGGUUCCCCGUGGCUUCUUUGGGGGCACACGACUUCCCCACCGCCCGGCAUCCACGGCUAGGUUCCACCAGAGAAAGAGCGUUGUGAGCCUACACUUUGCGCUCGCCGUCGCCCGCCACCCGGCUAGCUCCGCCCACCCUCGAAAAUUCAAAGAAAAAGAGCCAGCCGACACCAGACUUGGUUCCCCAAAAGACCAUCUUCCCGAUGGGCAAAUCAGACCAGAGCAUAUAGCGAUUCCGCCCACCACACACUGCGGUCCACCUUUAUGCCCUUCCCGCACCAUCUCGAGUUCCAUCUGUCUUCCUGGCCUUGGCGACCGCUCCCUCACAGCAGGCCGCCACGCCAGUCUGACGAGGGAGGCUCAGGCACGACCACGAGCUAGUCGUCCGGCGAGAGAGAGAACCCCUUCGGUCCCGACCUUGACCACGACCACCACGUCGACAUUUCCAGUCCCCGACCGGCGUAUGCCUCGCGUGUCCCAAUCCGCAAAGCGACAGCAGGGUGCGAACAACCAGCGCGACACAAGACAUGAAGGUGGCCUUGUAGGCCCGGGCAAGCGCAUUCCCAAGCAUCAAAGAAGUCACCAGCAGCUCGCCGCCCUCGAUCAACGCCCUACUGCUGCUGUCGUCGAUAAUGCUGUCCCCACCGCAACCGCCCCCCAACAAAAUAACAACAACACGACUGCUGCCAAUGCUUUCCCCGCCCAGCCCGACGACAACAAUACCACCACCAUGGCCGCCGAGUCUCUGCGCCGCGGCUCCCUGGGCGGCGCCUACUCCGAGUCAGAGUCCGCCGAGUCGCUCGCCUUUCCGCCCCUGCAGUCUUCCCACGAGGAAAACCACCGUCAGAUCAACGUGAACGAUGCCAAGAACACAAACGUUCACCGUGACCCCGGUCCCGUCGAAUAUGCCCUGACCGUACUCAAGUCCUGCCCGAUCUACGAUACCAUCGCCAUCCUCAUCAUCCUGAUGCAGUUGUCUCCAGCUUUCCUCGCCAUUGUCUACAUGCUCUUCACCCUCUUGACCUUUGUCCCUCCUGUUACCACUAGUUCCGGGCUGACCAUUGCCGACAUUUUUGAUGGGAACCAGGGCACACCCUCGCUCACGACGCUGGUCUGUAUGGACGUGGCUGUGUUGGGCAUAUGGCUGUUCCUAUGGGCUCCUAUGCAGCAGUUCAUAUUGGAUUUAGCCCAGGUUGUCAUAUCCCUUACCCUCGGAGGAGGCGGAAGCUCAAGGACUAGCACGUCAAACAGCAUCUUCCUCUGCGUCGCCAUCAUUACGGCUUCCCAAUGGACGAGACAGGCUAGGUGGAAUGGUCUCACCCAUCUGAGUACCCUCUUUGGCACGAAUCGCUUCUUUCCAACCAGUCAUGGUGAUCCUAUCGAACACACCGUACGCGCUUUCGAGAAAAAGGGUCCACAUGGCUGGGGACUGGUGCGGUACAUUCGAGAGUGGUAUUUACGCAGGGAACGACGAGAUUUGCAGUCACAGAGUCAACUGGAUCCGGAGGCGGGCAAGACGGUGUCGUUUUCAGAUAGCUGCUCCGACGCGGCGCUGAUGGCAGCCGAUAGCGACGCCCAUCUGCAAACAAGUACGGGUACUGUUUCGAACAAGAAGCGACGAAAGCAGAGCGCCCAAGUGAGGAUACGACAGCCUCUCUGGGCCGCCCUGGCUAGCACCAAAAUUGUCAUGGUGAAGGAGUAUGAGCUUUCCCAUGCGGCUUCCGAAUCAGCUGGUAGCAACGCUACGGAUAUCCACAACUUGGGGAACGCGCCGUUUAAUACACAGCCGGAACAGAUUUGGAUUUGUUACAUUGGGAGCGACGAAGUCUGCUUCAACACCAGUUACUUUCCCGACUUUCCUGAUGACGAAACCGUUGACGAGGCUGGAACCCCUGGCGUCAGCAUCGCCAAACCCUUUUAUGUCCGAGUCAACAACGCGAAAUGGCAACCGACACGCAUCAUUCCUAUUGAAGGCACCGAAGAAGACAAGCACCAAGGCACCCGCUGGACAGGCGACAUCUAUGGACUUACCCCCUUAUCCAACUAUGCAUGCGAAUUUGUCAGCACUCGAACCGACCAGGUUAUCUACAAGGCCAAUGUCAGGACCGUCCAGGCUAAGAGUAGGGAUCCCGAGGCACCCGCAAAGGCAGCACCUACUAACCAGCGCGUUGAUAACGUUCGCCACGACUCUCCGGUUACCACCCUGAGGGCUUCGAUUGCGGCUGCCGAGAUCAAGCUGGCUGACGAAAAGGCCCGACUCAAGACUGCGCGCAAGGAAAACAACCGUAGAGUGAACGCUGCCAAGAAGGAGAUUGAGAAACUCACGGCAGCUGUCCAGUCCGCGGGAGGUGAUGAUGACAAGCUCAAGCAAAAAGUGGCCCAGAACAAGAUCCAGGAGAAGCGAGCCGAGGAGGCCAUCGCGCAGCUGGAAGCCGAACUCAAGGAGCUUGAAUCCAUCCCCGAGGAACUACUUGCGGAAUAUCGCUCCAAACAGAGCACUUGGAAGUCUGAAAAGGGUCGCUAUGAGGAAGCUCGCUCUGCAUUCAAGAGCUUCAAAGCCACGCUCGAGUCCGAGGUCAAGGUCCUUAAAGAUGAGCAAACCAGCCUGCAAGCCAAGCACAAGAAGAUUGAAUCCCGCAUCAACAAGGUCAAGGAAGAGCACAAGCGCAUAACGGAUGCCAAUGCUCAGGGCCUUGGUGAAGCUGAACGCCGGCGCCAGAACCGCGCCACCCUCGAAGCAGACAUUGCCACGGCCGAGAGGCAUCUCACUGAUCGUAUCAAUUCCGUUAAAAGCAUGAACAUGGCGAAGCAGGCACAGAUCACCGACCUGAGCAACCAGAUUCACGCGUAUCUGUCUAGUGUGCAGGAGGAUAUGGCGUACAGCCAUGCGGCGGCUGUUGCUGGCGGUCAGUAUCCGCAAGCAAAUAAUGCUAGCACUGGCUGGGGAUUGCCUCCUGUUGGUCCUACCGCCGCUGCAGCAGCUGGUAAUAGCACCUUUGCCCAUUCGCCGGCUCAGACUCUGUGGCCCGCAGCCACUGCCGCGGCACCUGGUUCCUCGUCUCUAGGACCCCAGACUGGCUCAGCAGCUCUUCUUCCCCCGCCGCCGAUCGGAGGACCCUUCAGCAAUCCCCUUCAGCCGCAACAGCAUUCUCAGCAACCGGCUAUCGGCACUCCGGCUCAGCAACGCAGGGCAAGAGGCAGAUCCUCGUCGAUGCUUAGUGACAUCUCAGGAUUUACCGAGUCCACAGAUGAAGAUGAGCGUGAGAGACUCGAACGCGAAAGACUUGCACUAAGACAUGGUCAGAAUCAUCAACAUCAGCACAGCAACCCGAACACCAUCUUCGGCACCCCGGGCUCGAUGCGCGGAGCACCGCCCGGUUUUGGCUUCCCAACUCGUCAGCAGCGACUCGCCGGCAACAAUGGAACCUUUGGUCCCAUCGGCGGUGGCUCGACCUCGGGCUCCAACGGAUUCACCAGUGGUACUGCCCUGGGAUCCGGCUCUGGCUCCGGCUCGGGUUCCGGGUCUGCCGUUGUCUCUGUUGGCUCGGGAUCUGUUUCAGGUUCAGCGUUGGGUUCUGGUGUUGACUCUGGUCGUAGCAGCGUCAGGUCCGCCGGAGACAGUGCUGGUAGUGCUAGUGCUGGAGGAAGCUCCAAAGAUCCUGGUAGCCCUAGCGAUCGUUGAGCUUUCCUUCAGUCUGCUGUGCUUGGC